AUGAAAACGUUGAAAGCUUUAAGAAAUAAUGGGUUUCCUUCAAUACUGGUAUUUUCUUUUUGUCGUAAACAUGAAAUUGAAAUUGUGGAAAUGUCCGAAUUUUAUGUUACUCCAAGAAACCGUAGAACCAAGGUUACUAAUCAACAUCACUUUGAAGUUGAUAUUUUCAACACGGUUUUGGAUAUGCAAAUUCAAAAAUUUGGUGACCGUUUUAGUGAAGUGAGCACCGAUUUACUAGAAUACAUGGCGGCUUUGAGUCCUUGUAAUACAUUUUCUAUGUUUGAAAAAUCAAAGUUGGUGAAGCUAAGUGAAUUAUACCAAAAUGAUUUUAAUGAUUUGGAAAGAGUAUUUGCUAAUUUGAAGGGAAUUGCAGAACUUUCUCGUUUGAUGGUGGAAACAGGGAAACAUCGUUCUUUUCCUUUGGUUUAUAGGCUAUUAAAGUUGACUUUGGUUUUGCCCGUAGCAACCGCAACCGUUGAAAGAUGUUUUUCCGCAAUAAAGCUCUUGAAGACUGACUUAUGUAAUAAAAUCGGUGAUAAUUUUUUGAAUGAUGUUUUGAUUUGUAGUGUAGAAAAAGAAGCACUUAUGGAUGUUAAGAUUGAAUGA